AAAUGUGAACAGUGAAGGUCAGAGCACGUGUUCGUGUGUGGGUAUGACGGCGAGAGAAUGACGGAGUUUCUCUCUGUGUGGGUGAAUUCAAAGCGAAUUUCCCUUCUCAAAUUCCACCCCGAAUCACGGAUCUUCCCUUCUCAGAGGAGUUGUAUAAAAGAGGACAGGACAAGCCAUGAGACACAAAGCAGGUCCACCUUGAGGAAUCAUUUCUGGAAGAUUCUCGGGUCAUCAUCUAGUAGAAAGUGCUGAAAUGAGCGCCUCUCGCUUCGUGUUUUUAUCAGCUGUUGUGGUGCUGCUGUGCGCCGUCAGCCUCAGUCAAGGUAUGCGUAUUGGACCAAAGAGAUGCUGUUUCCAGUAUGCGGAACGUCAAGUGCCUUUCAAACAAGUAAUGGAAUACAGCAUGACAAGCCAGCAGUGCCCCAAGAGAAGCCUUUUGUUCAAGACUGUGAAGGGACGUUACGUGUGUGCCAGACCCAGUGAUCCCUGGGUACAGAAGUACAUCCAGGCCAUUGACAGCAAACGUGUUGGCAGUCAAGGGACCCUGUAAACAUCCUGACCUGCGUCCUCCAACUUCUGAACCACAUCGGAAGCACAGGACAAGAGUGGAGUGUGGAGAGAAACAAAAAAAAAAAGUCCAAUGCAGUUAUUGUACUCACCGACCGAUGCACUGUCACUAACUGAUCAGCAGAUUGAAGCUACGAGGUUAAAAAAUACGAAAAGUUUGUUGUUUGAAACGUUUUAUCUUUUUGACUCAUUUGUUAUUUUGUCCUACUAAUAUAUUUCUAAAACUAUAGUGUUUUUUAUUACAGUUACAAAUGAUUAACCGAUAGCUCAGAGGAUAACUGAGGUUUCUACAAGAGAAUUUAAUUGUUUUGAAUAUUUUUGUAUUGUGACAAAACAGACUGAUGAAACUCUGUUUGUGUACGUUUUGCUGACUUAUCCUCCUCAAAAUAAAGACUUUCUGGGUCUCUA